AUGCAGGCGUUAGAGGCAUGGCUGCGGGAUAGAGGGUUGCAAGAAGCAUUUGAAAAGAUUCUCACUGGCCCGCUCGACUAUCUACGAGAAAACCCCGGCAAGGACAUUCGUGGCAAGCUCAUUGACGCAUUUAAUGAAUUCCUCGAGGUCCCGGAGGACAAAUUAGUGGCGAUCAAGCGGAUCAUCGACCUUCUACACAAUGCUUCCUUGCUUAUUGACGAUAUCCAAGAUUCAUCGACGCUGCGGCGCGGUGUGCCAGUCGCCCAUAGUAUCUUUGGAAUCCCACAAACGAUCAACUCGGCCAACUAUGCCUACUUUCUGGCACAACGCGAAUUGAUGUGUCUUACGAACCCGCUUUCAUUUAACAUCUACACUGAAGAGCUAAUCUGCCUACACCGUGGCCAGGGCAUGGAGCUGCAUUGGCGCGAUACGCUCCAGUGUCCGUCCGAGGAGGAAUACAUCCAGAUGGCCUUGGACAAGACUGGGGGCCUCUUCCGGCUAGCGAUCCGACUGAUGCAGGCUGAAAGCACUACUGGUAGUGACUACGUCCCGCUGGUGGAGACCUUGGGACUUCUCUUCCAAAUCAGGGACGAUUACCAGAAUCUGCAGAGCGACGCUUAUUCCACAAACAAGGGAUUCUGUGAGGACAUCGGGGAGGGGAAGUUCUCGUACCCAAUUAUUCACAGCAUUCGGUCUCGGCCGGGGGAUAAUCGCCUGCUGAGCAUAUUGAAGCAGCGUAGCGAGGAUAUCACCGUUAGAAAGUAUGCGGUCGAGUAUAUUGAUUCUACCGGAAGCUUUGACUACUGUGAAUGGAAAAUCGCCUCAUUGCUGCAGGAGGCCAGGGAGCAGGUAAGGACGAUACUGGAUACCACACAGCGUGGAUCACAAAUCGAGAAGAUUUUGAACAUGUUGGAGAUCAGCAAGAAAUGA